UUUCUCAGCUUCAACCUUUUUUUUCAUUUUACUGCCUACAAUCAGGAAAAGAAGUGUAAAAUUUACAGCGAGACACUGGUGUUUAAGGAUGCAGCUUUUGGCUUUGUUUGCUUUUCUUUGGAUGGGAGUGCUGGUUCCCUCUGCUUUCUGUCAGACUAACUGUGCGAUACAUGGGAGAGAUGGUGCGAAUGGAGUCCUCGGCCGGGACGGCUUGCCAGGAGCAAAGGGAGAGAAAGGAGCACCAGCAUUGCAGGAUGAGCUGAACAGUGUCACCACAGUGGAGCUCAAAGGAGAGAUGGGCAUCAGAGGGCCCCCAGGAGAACCUGGUCCAAAGGGUCUCCUUGGUGAACAGGGCCCAAAGGGUUUCCCUGGUCCUGGGGGUCCUAAAGGAUCCAGCGGAGGCAGUGAUGCCAUCAUCGUCCGUCAGAAGUCAGCUUUCUCUGUUCUGCGAAAUUCAACAGAGAAUGCUUUAUAUAGUCAACCUGUGACCUUUGAUAGUCAACUUAGCAAUGUCGGUAAUCAUUUCAACCUUAAAACUGGCUAUUUCAUUUGCAAGGACCCAGGGGUGUAUUACUUUGUGUUUCACGCAUCGUCUGGAGGACGCUUAUGUCUCAGACUUAAGAGUGAAAGUGCAUCUCCAGUCAGCCUGAAUUUCUGCGACUUAAGCCCACGAUCACAAUCUCUUGUUGUGUCAGGUGGAGCCGUUCUCAAACUAUCUGCAAAUAAUAAAGUAUGGAUUGAGCCUUUCACAGAUGCUCCUGGUGGCAAAAUGCCCAAAAGCAUGUCUGUAGUGUUCAAUGGAUUUUUACUCUAUCACAGCACAGAGUAGACUUAUUAGCAACUCAUUGCAAAUGAUAUUGACUGAUCGUAGUGUAGUAUUACUGAAGUGAUGUAAGCAACUUAAAAACACAAAUUAAAUCAUCUUAUCUGCUUUGUUGUAUGCUGUAUUAGAAUCUUGUAUUCAUGUGUUUUGUUUUAAAAAUGCUUUGUUGUCUUUGAUAAAUGUCUCACAUGAACAAAUUCUAAAUAAAAGCAAAAGAACAUGA